GCCUUUGUUGAACCCUUAGAGCAUCUUCUGACUACUCAUGGAAUUAAAGGGUCACAAAAGUCAACGUCUAUAAAUACUACUUAUAAUUCCCAACUUUCUCAUUCAACAAAACAAUGUGCAUAUUUACAGAAACAGCUUGUAGAAUUUAAUUUCUCUCCAAUCACCAAUGCUCAAAAAAACUCUAAACUCUAUAAUUUUCUUGAGCAAAACUUUGGUCUUUUUAAUAAUAAAUUCAACUAUUUUCCAAAAUCUGUUCCUGCUGUGACUUGGAACUCAAACCAACUUCAUAUACAAAACAAAAUAGGUUUACUUCAUAAUCCAGUAUCUUUGCAUCCAAUAGGUCUAAAAAAUGUGUUUGUUGCCAAUAACAGUAGAAAUUUCUCAACUAUUCAUGCGACAUCGUUGGUAAAUAAUACUACUAGUUGUAAUGGAACUUCUAUGUCUCGCCUAGGCUUCAAACCAUUUUCUAAUCUUUUUAAUAAACCAGAUUCCUUAUUCUCAAAAUAUUAUCUUAACAAUUUAGAUCAAAAAAUUGAAAUCAAAAAUGCAAAUAGUUUAAAGAAAAAUAAAUUCAAAUUUCAUGAAAAGUCAAUUGGUCACAAACUUUUUGAUCAAAGCAUUGAUUACACCACUAGAAAUAUUCAAUACUAUAUGACUUUUGUGGUCAAUUCACCUCUAUGGGCACUUAACAGUGUGGCCACUUCUAUAUCAAAUAUAUCAAAUAUUAGCAAUACCACUUUUCUUACAAAUAACACAUUUUUGCUUCAUAAAAAGCCACCUGAUAUUCAACAACUAAACAAUUUAAUUAUUGAAGGGCUUUGUGAGAAUUCAAAACUUUAUUAUAACCACAUGAAAGAAAUUACAUCAAUAUUGGAAAAAUUGUUGCAACAUGGAAACUAUGAAAUAAAAAUCUUUGGAUAUGAAUUAAGAGUCAAUUUUCCAUGUGGUAUGCAAAUUGAAGGAAUUGAAAAUUUAUUAAAAAGUUUAGGAAUUGAUCCAACAAAUUCGCAUUUUGAGCUUAAGAUGAUAAAUUUUGAAGAUAGUAUUUUUAUUUCACCUGAAAUAUUGAAUGUUAAAAAUAAUAAUUUUGAUCAAUUAAGUCAGUAUUAUAAUAUAGAUGAUAAACAACAACAGAAAUGCUCAAUAAAUUUUCAAGCAAAUAGGUUAAUAGAUGAUGAUGAUAAUAGUAAUAAUGUUUUGAUGUCAUCAUCAGCUCUUCCUUUUUACUACUCUUCUUCUAAAAUUCUGAAUGCUGAUGAUUUGAUUUCACCUUCAAAUAUUUCAAGUACCUUUUUUUUUAUUAACACUUCAUCUUCAAAUAUUCAACUUGAGCAACACACUGCUUACAAAGAAGAAAUCAAUUUAAUAGAUAAAAAUGAUAUACAAAACUUUAUUGCUUCAAUUGAUGAAUUAAGUGAAAUUAAAUUAGAUUUCUUUAGAGGUAAUAAUACUAUUGGAAAUUCUGAUAUUGGAGAAA